AUGGCUGAGACAUUUGAGGAAUUAAUUGCGGAGCAAUCAGCUUUGAUUGAUUCUGUACGCCGCAUGUUAGAGAACUUUCGGAAAGCUGGCACUAAUAAGUCGGAAGCACAUAUGGAGACUAGAUUAGAAUCUCUGGCCAAUAUUCGCACGGAGUUCCGAGAGAACCAUCGAAAAUUGGUGCGUGCGGAUGACGAGUUGGUUCAGCACGAUUAUAUGGAGGCAGACCUUGAAGGAAAGUUCCAAGAAGCGUAUAUUGAUAGUGUGGCGCAGAUUAGAACUGACCUAAAUGAGACUAAGGAUCGACUUCUUGCGUCAACAGGAAUUAACAAUCUUGAUUUGCAGGAUGGGCAUCGCAACGCGCCAUCGUCAGGGUUUAUAGCACCAGACCAAACCACGAUCGAUGAGGUUAAACUUCCAACGGUAUUAGAGCAACAGCCCAUGGUGCAGAGCGAUGACCCUGUUUCGCUUAAGGGGUUUUUACAAACUUGUCGUUCUUGUAUUAAAUCAUUGGAAAAGGUUGGCGUUAACCUUUUCGAUCAAAGUCAUGUCAUAGUUUACUUGGUGACGAAGAAACUACCUGCGGAGCUGCGGUUGGACUGGGAAAAAUCCCUGGCUACUUCACAGGAGUUACCAACAUUCGAACAAUUAUCCGCGCAUCUCGAUGGACAAUACAGGACUAUGCUUACGUCCGCCAGUGGCGAGAGGACAACAUUGUCUAACAAGGAUCGAAAGGGAGCAUCGGGAUCGUCUGAGAAGCGCCGAGAUGUGAAAUCCUCCUUUGUCGCCCGAUCGGAGCAGAAAUGUGCCAUAUGUUGCAAGAACGGUCAUUCUGUUCAAGAUUGCAAGGUUUUCGAAAGCAUGCAUCUAACAGCACGGAGGGAAGCUGUUAUGAAGCAACAUCGGCAUCACACGCUCAUACAUUUGGAUCGGGUUCGGCUGACUAAAGAGCCAAAUGAGCAGGUUCAACAAGUUACUUCCAACGCAAUUAGCGGGACUUCGAGUGCAACUGGGACUAGUUAUGAAGUGCUAUUGCCAACAGCGCUAGUUCGGAUCCAGUCCGCAGAAGGGUUCAUACUACAGUUCCGAGCAUUUCUGGACCAAGGAUCGCAAGCUUCGUUUGUAUCGGAAAACGUAGUUCAGAAGUUGGGACUAACUCGUCAAAAGGCAUACAUUAAGGUUAAUGGACUGGCCAACGCACGAGUUACCGAAGCGUCUUCUUCCGUUCGUUUAUGUUUUGGAUCAAGGUUUGAGCCACAGGCAAGGUAUAGUGUGACUGCGUAUGUGUUACCAAAGGUGAGUAAGCGCAUGCCAAAUCGUCGCUUAUCUGUGGAAAAAUGGUCUCAAUUUGAACAGCUUUGCCUGGCUGAUCCUAAUUAUUUUGUUCCACAAGGUGUGGACAUAUUGUUGGGGAGUGAUAUCUAUGAUGAAUUAAUGCUAAGUGAAAUACAUCGCGGACCGGAUGGCUGGCCUAUUGCUCAAAGCACACGACUUGGAUUUAUUAUAUCAGGAAAAGUUAAGGAACCCAACACAAGGGUCACGGUGCAUACGGUGACAGUAAUCAAGGACGAAUCAUCUGCGGAAUUAGAAGGAUUACUUCGCAGAUUCUGGGAAUUUGAGCAGUUGGAUGAGGCAGCAGAAGUUUUGUCGAAGGAAGAUUUGUGGUGUGAGGAACAUUUUGUUAAUACACAUGUGCGGUUACCUUCAGGGAAAUAUCAAGUGCGAUUGCCAUUUCUAUCCACUUUGGAUCCCCAGUUAGUAAUUGGGUCGUCGCGUCAAGGUGCUUUGAAACGGUUGUGCCAUUUGGACAAGCGUUUACGCAACGAUGCCAACCUGAAGGAGGUGUAUUCCAAAACAAUAAAGGAAUACUUGGAGUUGGGCCAAAUGGAAAAGGUUGUUACACAAGCUGGGCAAACGGAAGAAACAGGCUACCCGGGGGAGCCACACAUAGUUAUUUACCUCACCACCCAGUAA